AUGGACAAGGAUCAAAAGCUGAUCACAUUUCUGGAUAGUCUAGGCCCCGACGCAGAUGUCGAUUUUGCACAGCAGCUUCUCGAGGCUCACAGCUGGGACCUGCAGGCAGCUCUUGAGACGGUCACAGGAAGGGGGCAAACGGCCGUCUCUGCAGAGGUGCCGCUGCGGACGGAUGAGGCCAGACCGCCUAUGAGAACCGGCUACGUGGACAGGCUCAUCCAUUCUCACGAGGAGGAUGAUGAGGCCAUCGCGAUGGCCCAGUCAGCAGCAGCUGCAGCUGAUGAAGCUUCCGCGAGGCUUGAUCUUGAGAGGGUGCUGCUGGAGAGUCAGCAAGCCUUCGAGCAGCAGGCCGAGAUUCAGGAGCAAGCCGCGCUGGCACAAGCACUUGAAGCGUCCUAUGCCGCUGUCAGCCCGAAGCACUCGAACACCAGCGCUCCGUCAAGGAGCCCGGGCACGCCAACCGCUUACCCCGAGCGGCGUGCAGGUCAACGUGAUCUUCGGCCGGAUGUGGACCAAAGCAGGUUGUCCGGUGGCUCUCGACCAGGAGCAGCGAGGUUUCGCUUGCAGCCCAGAUCAUCCUCUUCUGUGUCCAGUGCCCCAACUGCCGAUGCACCACCAGCCCGACCAGUUCGUCCUGCAGUCAGCCAGGCUUUGAAGCCGCCUCCUGUUGUUCCGACGACUUCACAAAGAGCGCCCAAAGAAGUGCCGACGAAAGAGCGUCACGAGACGAAAGCUUCAUCUUCAGCAAAGCUACAGCCCUCAGCCAAACCCAGGCCAGCUCAGAGCAUGCAGCAGCCAGCAUCUCGACAGCAACACACGAACCAGAAAAUGAAGGCAGAAGCUGUCACGAAUGACCGAAGACCGAAUCUGGCGAGCCGUUGCUUGAGCAGAUUCUGCUCUUCCAGCAAAGAUUCCACAAAAGCUCCCAGCACGGAGUCUCCACCUGGCAAGCCGGUGAAGGAGGCGCACUCCACACCGAGUAAGAAGGAUGAGGUGGCUCGCAAGGACAUGAAGCCAGCAAAGCAGCCCGGGCCGAAGCCAGCGCCGGCAGCUUCCCAAGGCAGUGUGGCGACUCCAAAGGCCGAGUCUGAAGCUGCCAUGCCUUCGAAGGAGGCCACAGCCGCAGACCGCUUCGCGGCACAUGAAGAGUCUGAGCUGCGCCGAGAACGGGAGGAGGCAGAGCUCAAGCGAAAGGAAGCGGAGGGUGGCGGAGUCCGGGAGCCAGAUCCUGUAGUCAAUGCCCUGCAGGCCCUGCGACGACAGCACUUGAAGCGAGAUCCGGCAGCCCUGGCUACCUGCUUGCAGACCCUCCACGCCUACAUCAGCAACCUGGCCAAGAACCCGCAGGAGUCGAAGUUUCAUUCCAUCAACUGCCAGAACAGCAACUUUCGCUCCAGAGUUGCAGCGCUCGAGGGGGGCAUCGAGGUGCUCCAGGCAUGCGGGUUCGUGGCAGUUGACGAGAAGCUCUGUGUCGAUCCAGACUUCAUGAAGUCCAAAGGUCCAAAGCUCUGGGAUGCCUUGAGCAAGGUGGCCGUUCUCUUGGAGCAAGUGAAGAGUUGCAUGUGA